GUAAAUAUAUAAGUAAUGUUGAAUAAAUUACGAGUAGAUUGUAUUUGUCAGUGGUCAGGUUGCAGCGGCGACGAGAUCGAAAUCUUAGAACAUUUAAAAAAAUCUAUCAAAAUGAGGAGCUUCAUCAUCAUCACAGUGCUGUCAGCACUCGCUGCCUGCUAUGGUGCUGCUGUCCUCCCAAGCGAGCCUGAAGGUUACAUUACCAUGGUCUUUGAUGAAGAGUCACCCAAUGGAAGGGUUGAGUCUGAUUCAGAACUUAAUAAAUGGGCGACUGAUGAAUGGAUCUUAUUAACUGAAUGGAAAUGUGAAGCACCCUCAAUCGACGGCGAGGAGCAAUAUUUCAGCGUAAGGUAUGAAGAUGAUCCCAGUGUUAGGAUAAGUAAAUUUUCUAUAAGUUAUUUCCCACCUAGGCCUUUCAUAAAAGACAGUGGGCUUGGAAAACAUUUUAUGGAUGUGAAUGUAACAACAGGUAUAGGUAGAGAGAUCCGCUCCACUAUAAAAAUGUACAGAAGAAUGUUAGAAACUAAUAUUAUGUACUUGGAAACUGAUACAUAACAGGGUAGACGACUAAGUUUUAUUUUAAUGUCUGUCCAGGAGAUUAUUUUAAAACAUUUCACACGUAUUAUAAUAUUAAUAGGAUUAAUUUUUCUAUAACACUGGAUUGUAAAUAAAUUGUGUGAAUAAAAA